CUGAGGAAAGGGCCUCCUGUCCCACCACUGCCUAAACUCACACCAACAGUAGACAUGCAACAAGAAAAUAUCAUCAGUUUAUUUGAUGAUAACUUUGUUCCAGAAAUAAAUGUGACAACCCCUUCUCAGAAUGAAGCUCCUGAUGCUAAAAAAGAAGAGUCUUUGUUAGAUUUGGACUUUGAUCCUUUCAAGCCUGAUAAUGCAUCUACUAUGGUAACCCACUCCCCAAUGUCUCAGACGCUACCUUGGGAUCUGUGGACGAGCAAUAAUGAGGUGGGGCAGCCGCCUUUAUCAUGCUCAUCUUGUUUUUUUCUUUACUUUCUUACCUAUUUAAAGCCUGACUCUCCAAAAAGUCAUUCCCUAUGUAACCUGGUCAUGGAGGAAAAUCCAGACAGUGGGUCAACAGAAGAUUUUAGCAAGCCCCAAACUAAUUUAGGUUCACUCAAUGUGAGCCUAGAUGCAGAUUCCCUCAAGAAGACAGCCAGUGUGGGCCAGGAAAGAACUGCUGGUGGUCCUAUGCCUUUUCUUCAGGCAGAGGAAAGCUCAGCAGAAUCAUCUGAUAUGCUAGCUACUCCUACUUUGCCUGCUGUAGGCAAGCAUGAGGAUGGCACAUCAUGGACAGCUUAUGCAAAUGAACGUGAAACCACUUUUCUAAGACCCUGCCUGGACAUUAGUCAUAGCGGAGAUGAUGGCACUGAUCUGGUGGAGAACAACCAGCUUUUAGUGAGUGAAACUUUGGCUGAGAAGUCUUCAGUGAAAACUGACAGUUUUUCUGGUGGAGAGCCAUUUAGUGUGGAAAUGACAAAAGAAGCAAAUCCGGGCUUAGAAGACUCUUUCUGGACAAAUACAGAUCCAUGUGAAAAGGUAGACACCAGAGGUCCUAAGCUCAAGGAGUCCUUCAAUGAAAUUGAAUGUCUUAAGGUCUUAGAACAUCCCAAUAAUGAAGCUGUAAAAAAGACUGAAGUAGAAAUUAGACAAGUUUUAGAAUGUACAAAUUGGCAACGAGAAACAAUUACUGAUAGUUGUCCCCAAAAAUGUGAUGUAGACUUUAAUAAAGCUAAUAUGUUUAAGGAGACAGUUGGAAGAGAUUUCAAGAACAUGAGCAGCUCUACAGCUCUAGAACAUAAUAGACUUGAAAUGCAGAAUGCUUUAUGUUCCCUGUGUCAGGAUCCUGAAGAAACAUGUGAGGGUAAUGGGGGCAUAAAAUGCACACAGGAAAGUGAUAUGGCAAAUAUUAUAGGAACUGUUAAUCUCCAAGUCAAAGACAUUUUUUCUUCAGAGUUUGGAAAUCUUGGGUAUGAUUUUGAAGCAAAAGAGGCAGAAGAGAUUUGCAAAAAAUAUGAAGACUGUGGCCUCAAUAUCUCUCAAGAGAGUAAAGAUAUUGAAUAUAGAGCUACUUGUAUAUUCCUUGACAAGGAUAUGACUGUGCAGCAUGGGCUUGAGAAUCCAACUAAUGCCUAUUUCAGUAGUUCUAAGUUAGAGAAUAUGGAAGGUGAACUGGCAGAUAGGGAAAUGUUUUGUGUGCCUGAAGAACCUAACAUUAGUUUACCUCAAGUAUUGGAGACAGAACCUUGGGAUGACAGCUGGAAUCCUACAUUUAGUUCUGAUUCCUGGGGGUUUUCUAGCCAGCCAAUUAGCUAUGAUUCCUGUCCCUUUCCUCCCACACAAGACUCUCUAGAUGGAAACUUGGACAACCUAUGGCCAGGUUUUAUGCAAGAUUUAGGAGAAUUAAACAAUAGCUGGGGAACUUCAUGUGUAAUGAUGAGUCAGCAGAAUCAGGAAGCAUCUUUACAAGGAUCAACUGGGGAAGAGUCAAACAUUAGCACCUGUGGAUCAAACAACAUAAGUAGGCCAUUGAUUCUGUUCCAAAUGGGAAACUCUGGAAAGGCUAGCAUUGAAAACUUCACUAGCCCCAAAGAAAAUGAGACCAUCAGCUCAGAUUUAUCUGAAGAUGAAAUUGCUAACCGGAGAUAUGGAUUGUUAUAUCAAGAAACUGAGGCUGAUAAAGAAGAGGUACCUACCCUAUUAUAUAGCAUAGCAUCAAGCAAUGCUUUUAAUGGAUUUGCACAGGACACCUCCCUGUUUUCAUUGCAGCUAAGUCAGGAUAUUCCAGAUAGUAAGGCUGAAGAAGAAGCUCCAUCUUUGGGAAUCCAGGCAGAGGAAAACAGCAAUAUGGCUGUUUCUGAUGCAAAGUCAGAAGCACAGGCCUUGGAGACUGAUAAGUCAACAGCUGAAACUGUGAUGGACUCGGUAAUUGAAGGUGCUACUGAAACUGAGUGUGUUGAUGCCACUUCUAUAAAUGAAGGUGGUGAAGUUGCUAUUACUGAUGAAAUAGCAGUUACUGAAAGCAGCAUAGAUUACAUUGAAGGAAAAGCAGACGACACCCAGGACAACCUUAGUAGCAUCCCAUCAGUAGUUAUAGAGCCUGCCUCAAACAAUGAAGAUGGAGACUAUCAUGAAAUACAAGUAACUGAAUCUAAAGAUUCUAUGGAAGAAGUUGCUAAUCAGAAAACUGAAGUACCCACUGUUGAAUCUUCGGAUGAUAUAAGUGAUCCAACAAAUGUAAUAGAAGUACAGCCCGCAUCUUCUGAGAAGCAGCCUGCAGCAACAGAUGACAUGCCUCCCGGCUUCCUCUAUAAGGUUGAAGCUCUGCAUGAUUUUGAGGCGGCCAACAGUGAUGAACUGACAUUGGAAAGAGGCGAUAUUGUAUUGGUAAUCCCAUCAGCAGCAGAAGCAGAUCAGGAAGCAGGUUGGUUAACAGGCAUUAAGGAAAGCAAUUGGCUUCAAUAUAAAGAUGCAUCCACAUACAAGGGACUGUUCCCUGAAAACUUCACCUGUCGUUUCGAAUAAUUCCCAGCUCCAGAUGCAACAUCCUCAUAGGAAGCUCAGUUUGAACAUCUCCAACAUAUAGAAGUCCAUAGUUGAGCCAUCACUUCUGACAAAAUUCAGCUGAAGCACAUCAAAUGAGCAUGAUUGCAAGAAAUUAAAAGCUAGCAUAUUCUGAAACAGUAUGGGGCGGGGAAGUACUUAUUUGUUCACAUAUAUAUGGCAACAGGUUUGUUUGUACUUUGUCAGAGCUAUGGUGAUCCUGUAACUUGACCUUUCCCCAUGCAAAUGAGUAGGCUCCUCAAUACCAAACCUUAACUUUUCUGUACUAACUGUAUUGAAUUGAGUUGCUGCACUGCAGAAGACUUAAUUAGUAAUCCUGUAGUACUGAAAUCAAAGUAUUCUAUUUUCAAUGUAUUUGGGGGGGAAAUCUGCCGCAAAAAAAAUCCAUGUUAUUUUCUUCUAUAUGUAUGUACAUAUACAGAGAUACCUGCGUGUUGUAUGCAUACAUAGCACAUAAAAAUUCUAAGAAACUAACCUGCAGCACAAGUUAUUGAUGACAUUAAAUAGCAAACAUUUGACAUGAAAUCAGGAAAAACUGGAGAACAUGUGUAAUUGUUAAACUUAGGAAACUAAUAGAGAGUUAUUACAGAGGAAGGGUAAUAUGCAUUAGAAUCACUGUUAUCCCCUUUGAAGGUUGGCUAUCAACUGAUUUUAUGCAUUAGCAAAUAUCUAUUAUAGUCAUUAUUUAAUGUAGAACCAUUCAAACAUUUGCUCUUAUUAUCAGGUAUCAAUAGAGAAUUCUGUUGCAAAAGAAAACUAGCUACAUCAUUACCAAAAUAUUGAGUAGUAAACUAUGCAUUUGUAAUGCAAAAUUAUCAUUUCAAGCAUUAUAAAAAAGCUACCAAACUCAUUUUCAAAGCAGUUGAAACACAAGUGAAGGCAUGGCUCGUUCACCUCUACAUUAUCUAUCUACUAUAGAUAAGGAUGAAAUUAUUCUGGCAAGCAAACUAUAGUGGUAGAUUUUGCAUUUUUAAAAUGUCUGGAUGAAUAAAUACAUUUCAGAAUUAAGUGAAGAUUAAUUAAGGCAACAUAUUUUCACAGUAUGCAUUUAUCCAACAUAUAUUCAACCAUCCUCCAAAUUAUAUAGUGUAUAUCAAAAAGAUAUCUGUAACUAUUGUUUUUCAGUGUUGUGUCAUUUUAAAUAAAUCUAUGAUCAACUCCAUAAGCUCAAUUUUUAUAUAUGCUCUUGUACAUAUAUUAUCACAGCAUUUUUUAAAUUCUAUCACACAUCUUAUUGGCCUUAAAACUAAAUUACUGCUCUUCACCCUACAUGGUUCAUUGUAUCAAAGCGCUAAAUCUAUGGUUUAGCAAGAAUGAUGUGUUAGCCCAGAUGAACAUAUGAUGCUCAGUAGCUUGCAACACUAUCACUUCUACAGUUUGUCCAUUUAUCAGGCCUCACUGAAAUUAUUUUUUACCUAAGGUCUAUUUCAUUACAUUAAUAAACUG